AUGGUCUCCGCCGCCGACUUCCUCAAGCAGCACCAGGCCGGCCUCUCGGACGCUGGCUCUGCCAACGAGCCCGCUCCCAUGGCCGACCCCUUCCCCGCCCUCACCCAGGACCCCUUCCCGUCGCUCACCCAGGACCCCUUCCCGCCCGCCUCCUCGGCCGCCGUCCACCACGGCGCCAGCACCGCCGCCAACGGCAAGGCCAGCGCCGACAGGAACAAGGAUGCCCAGCCCGACUUUUCCUCCGAGUCGGCCUUUCCCUCGCUCGGAUCGGCCCCCGCCCAGCCAAAGGGCCAGUGGGGAAAGAAGCUCGCCCCCGGAUCGCCCGCCAGCGCCGCCACCGCAAAGUCGCCCGCCACCGUCGGCUCCGCUUCUACCUGGAACGGAUCGGCCCCCGUCAUCCAGCGCUCCGUCCAGCAGCACUCGUUCUCGCUCGUCAUCUCCGCCGACACGCUGCCCAAGCUCGGCCCCGCCAUGAGCCGCGUCCAGAACAAGUACAAGGGCGUCAAGAUCGAGGCCAGCACCACCCGCAAGGCCGGCGCCACCACCUUUGUCCUCCGCGCCGCCGAUGAAGCCUCGAUCAAGCAGGCCAAGCGCGAGCUCACCGUCCUCCUCGCCAAGCAGGUCUCGAUCCAGGUCAUGAUCCCCGCCUCCCUCCGCGCCUUCGUCAUCGGCACAAAGGGAAAGAACCUCAAGGCCAUCACCGACCAGACCGGCGUCAAGGUCAAUGUCCCUCCCCGCGACCCCGCCGCCGCCGACGCCCCGCCCGCCAGCAACGCAGCCUCCCGCGACGUCGACUACGACGACGAGCAGAUCCCCGUCACCGUCGAGGGCGACGAGAUCAACGCCAAGCAGGCCCAGUCCAUGAUCCAGGCCAUUGUCGCCGAGCGCACCUCGCGCACCACCCAGCGCCUCACCCACAUCGACCACGUCUUCUACCCCUUCAUCUCUGGCGCAAAGGGCGCCAACUCGGCCAGGCUCGAGAGCGAGGUGGGCGAGGGCGACGUCUCGGUCCGCGUCCCUCCCCGUGCCGCCUUCCUGCCCGCCAGGGAGGGCGACGAGGACGCCGCCGCCAACGGUGGUGCCGAGCCCAAGCGCGAGCGCGACCUGUCUAUCGUCGUCUCGGGCGACCGCGAAAAGGUGGCCAAGGUCGUCGCCGCCAUCGAGAGCCAGGUCGACGAGAUGAAGAGCUCCUUCCGCACCCUCGCCAUCAGCAUCCCCAAGCGCCAGCACCGCUUCCUGGUGGGCGACGCCGCCAACGAGAUCCUCGCCUCGACCCAGUGCAGCGUCGAGCUGGCCAGCAUCGACGACCCGUCGGACAGCGUCACGAUCCGCGGCCCGCAGAGCCAGCUGCCCCUCGCCCUGACGGCGGCCAUGGAGAAGGCCAACGCCGUCCGCGUCGAGGUCGUCGACGUCGUCGCCGCCCAUCGCGGCGCGCCCGGCAACGACCUCAACCACGCCAAGAACGUGUUGCGCUGGCUCAACGUCAGCGGCAAGGUGCCGCGCGUCCAGGGCGUCCAGAUCUACCUUCCCAGGCCCGCCAUCGUCGAGUCGUCGGGCACCGUCCAGAUCGAGAUUGUCGGCGCCGACGCCGCCGAGGUGGCCCAGGCGCGCGAGACGAUCCAGGAGCUCGUCAAGCGCGUGGCCCCGUCGUUUGUCGCCGAGAUCGACGUCGACCCGCUCCUCCACCGCAUCAUCAUCGGCAAGAAGGCUCAGGGACUCAAGCAGUACGAGGCCCGCGGCGUCGACGUCAUCUUCCCGCCCGCCUCGGCCGCCCUGACCGACGGCGAGUCGCGCUCCGACGUCCUGCUCGUGCUCGGCGGCUCGUCGGUCGUCGCGUCGCUGCCGGCCGACAAGAAGGCGCGCGACGCCAAGGCCAAGGAGAUCCUCGACGGCGUCCGCGACGACAUCGUCAAGGCCCAGGUGGCGGCCGCCGACCUCAAGACCGAGACGCUGAGCGUCCCCGCCAAGUUCCACCGCGCCAUCCUCGGCCCCAACGGCACCACGCUCAACGCCAUCAUUGGCGAGGACCGCGCCGUGGCCGUCAAGCUGGGCUCCGGCAAGUCGUCCGGCGGCGACAAGGCGGCCGCGGCGUCGUCGUCGUCGUCGUCGACCUCCGAGGACUCGAUCGUCGUUCGCGGCCCCAGCUCCGAGGUGGCGCGAGUCGUCAAGGAGCUCCGCCGCAUCGCUGAAGAGGCCGAGCAGGACAGCAUCGUCAAUGGCCACGUCGCCGAGCUGACGAUCGACUCGGCCCACGUGCCCCACCUCGUCGGCCGCGGCGGCGCCGCCGUCACCAAGCUGCGCGAGGAGCUGGGCAUCCGCAUCGACUUUGGCGAGCCCAGUUCGUCGGCCACCGACGCCGACGGCAAGAAAAAGACGAGGAAGGGCUCGACGACCAAGGUGGUGCUGACGGGCCGCAAGGAGAAUGUCGAAGAGGCCAAGCGGCGGCUGCUCUCGCAGGUCGACAAGCUGGCCGACGAGACGAGCAUCACCGUCAAGGUGCCCGCCGAGAUGCACGGCAGCAUCAUCGGGCAGGGCGGCAAGUACGUCACCCGCCUCCAGGACACGUAUGGCGUGCGCAUCAACUUCCCCAGCGCGGCGCAGUCGUCGUCGACGGGCACGUCGACGCCCGAAGGCGCCGAGGGCUCCGCGCCGCCGUCGUCGUCGGCCAAGCCGGCGCGUCCCGACCAGAAGGCCGACGAGGUCAUCAUCAAGGGCGGCAAGAAGGGCGUCGAAGGCGCCAAGGCCGAGCUGCUCGAGCUGCUCGAGUACGAGCGCGAGCACAACAACGUCGUGACGCUGACCAUCAGCAAGAAGUCGAUCGCGCGCAUCAUGGGCAAGGGCGGCGCGACCAUCAACCAGAUCCGCGACGACAGCGAGGCGCAGAUCGACGUCGACGGCGAGGACGCGCAGAAGGGCACCGCCCAGGUCCGCGUGCGCGGUACCAAGAAGGCCGUCGCGGCGGCCAAGGCGGCCAUCCAGAGCAUCGCCAGCGAAGUCGACGCCGAGGAGACCUACACGCUCACCAUCGCGCCCGAGCACCACGGCCUGCUGAUCGGCCCCCAGGGCUCCAACAUCCGCGACCUCAUCAUCCGCGCCGGUGGGCCCGAGGACGCCAAGGCGUCGGCGCAGUACGUCCUCUUCCCGCGCCGCGGCGACAAGGCGACGGACGUGGUGACGGUGCGCGGCCCGGCGCCGCUGGCGGCCAAGAUCCGCGACGAGCUGGCCAAGGCGGCCAAGGUGCUGGCGGACCGCGUCGUGUACGGCGUCGUCGUGGCUCCCCAGGCGCAGCGGAUGCUCAUCGGCCGCGGCGGCUCGCGCCAGUCGGAGCUGCAGGCCAAGCACAAUGUGCGCCUCGUCUUCCCCGGCUGGAAGGAGUACGCGUCGACGGGCACGCCCGUCAACCAGGACGAGCUGGCCGGCGGCAACGAUUUGACGAUUGUCAAGAUCUCGGGCGACGCCGAGAGCUGCAAGGCCAUCGCCCAGGAGAUCCGCGACUCGUUUGCGUCGGCGUCCAAGGUGGUCGAGGUGCCGCGCUCGAUCCACGCCAAGCUGGCCACGCCCCAGUUCUUCCGCCAGCUGCGGAGCGACUACGGCGUCAGCGUCGACACGCCGCGCAACGUGGGCUCGUCCAAGGCCAACGGUGCCUCCGCCGCAGCGGCUUCGUCGUCGUCUGCCGCGCGCAUCGACGCCGACCCGAGCGAUGACGACGAGUUUGAGUUUUCGAUCGAGGAGCUCUCGGCGUCGGACGACGAGAGCGUGUCGUGGACGCUGACGGGCAAGGACGAGGCGUCGCUGGACAAGGCGAGCGCCAAGGUGGCCAGCGCCAUUAAGCGGGCGGGCGAGUUUUCGCACCAGGGCCGCCUGGUCAUCCCGCAGUCGUCGGUGCCGCGCGUCAUUGGGCGCGGAGGCAGCGGGCUGUCGAGCAUCCAGAGCGAGAGCGGCGCGUCGAUCGAGAUUCCGCGCGACAGCGGCGGCGUCUGCUUUAUCCGCGGCAGCGAGGACGCGGUGCGCGACGCAAAGGAGCGCAUCAUCCGCGUCGCCACCGGCGCUGGCAGGCGGGACUGA